CAGCAAAGUAUUGUCGACCAUUAGCCCUACCACAAAACACAGCAGAAGAAGUGUGGGCGAUAACCAAAUGCAGGGCAAUGGGUCUACCUGAAUCCUGCUGACCUUCAGAGGCAAUUGGCCCCGACAGCCAUCUGUCAACAUGCAAGGAUUCUACUCCAAGCUCGACUCCUCCCCCUCCUCAUCCCCGUUAUUGGGGGUGGGCCACGGGGGAGACGGCGCUCCCAUACCUCUCAGCCUGGCUGUGGAAACCGAGAAAGCUCAGGCCCUCCUACAGACAUUCAGCUCUGCCUCCCUGCUGGCGUCUGCGGGGCUCGGCAUGUUCUGUGUGGUGGCGGACCACACCCUCCAGCUGUCGUUUAUCCAGCAGCACCUAUGGCUGCGCGCUGCCCUGGACAAUGCCACUCAUGGAUUAGUGGGGCUGUGGUCUUGGGCAGUUGUUAUUGGACUGAGGAAAAAGAGUGAUCUGUAUGAGGUGCUGCUGGCUGGUCUUCUGGCCUCAAUCAUAGACCUGGACCACUUCUACAUGGCUGGAUCCCUGUCACUCAAGGCUGCUGUGUCUCUCUCUAAGCGUCCUCCUCUACACUGCUCCUCUCUCAUACCCGUGCUCUGUCUCUCCCUUCGCUUCCUCAUGUGGAUCGGACGCCUCAAAGAUGCUUGGUGCUCCCUGCCAUGGAUGCUUUUCAUUUCCAUGGUGACGCACCACGUCCGGGACGCCGUGCGCCACGGAUUGUGGGUGUGCCCAUUCGGCAACACGGCACCGAUCCCUUACUGGCUGUACGUCAGCACCACGGCGACCCUUCCUCACCUGUGCUCAGUGCUCAUGUACCUGACAGGAACCAGGGAUGUGAUCUCCACCAAACAUGGGGUGGCCAUUGAUGUUUAGAGGCCACUGACUUAUCAUACAGCUGAUGCUGAUAAGGCAUGGAUUGCCUCGGGGUAAAAAUGUUCUACGCUGAUUGAAACAAUUCCUAGACUCUUGACAUUGAUACUUGAAAAAAUAGAUUAUGCUGAAAGAUCAACUAAUAACAUUUUUUUCAGCUUAGGAGAGGAGAAGUCUGGUGAAAGAAUUAGAUUUUUUCCUGAUUUGUUUCCAGUCACAAGGACGAAGAAACAGUCAGUAUAUGAUAAUAGAAAAAACACUUACAAUCUAAAAAUUUGGGUUCUCUUGGACAGAAUCAUCUGUAAAAUAACAUUAGCUUUUCAAAAAGAGUGCCAAUCAGUUUUUUCCAGUAACAUGGAGAUGUAUAGGAAUGCUGUUAGCUGUCUUGAGUGUUUUGGGAGAUUGACCCUUUAAAGCUUUGACAUAUCAUUUUGCAGACACUUGCCUGCUUUCUGUUUGACUCCCUAAACCCAAAUAAGGGACCCAAGACUUGACUUCCAUUGAACAUACAAGUGUUCACAUCAUUUCUUGGCCCCCUGAGGUACUAUCACCUUAACUACCGCUAUCUGUUGCCAUCCUAAGAACACUCAAGGAAGAGUCAACCAAAGGUCAAUCACAGGCUGUAUGACGCUGGCAUAUUGUUAGCAGUGUCACCUUGACCCUCAGUGCAUCUGACAGUAUGUUACCACUGUUAUUCCACUGUGCAUUUAAAAUCGUCCAUCUGCUAUAGUAGUGAAGUUCAGUGUAUUGAAGACUGAUGUUUAAAUCACCGCAUUCCAAAGACAGAUCGACCAUUAACCACUACAAAACAAUAAUUACCAUCUUUAUCACUUCUUUAA